AUGCGGGACGAUUUCCUACCCCCCGUCUGCUCCACGAGUACACGAAGCCAGACCAAGCGAAGAAUGUCCAAGUACACUUACGAAGGUUUUAAGAUGGAGAACCUAAAUUCCUUAAAUUCAAAUGAAAGGAUGAAGAACAUGUACAAUAACAUACUAGAUAGCAGGAACUCCUUUGAUGUGUUUCAUGUGAUGAAUCCUGACAUGGUGGAUAGGUCCUCCCCCAUAUAUUCGAAACGGAGAGGCGGGAUUUCUUCUACGUGCAGAGAUGGGUUUGAAAUAACCUACUCACCCUGUGAACAGGAAGAACAUUCUUCUUCACUCCUCCGUGACACAAGUAGAUACAGUAGCUUGUGUCUCCACUCGACCAACGAGUCAAUGCAUCGCACAUGCCUCACCAGACAGCACACAAAAUGUAGCAUUCAAAAAAGGAGGAGAACCUUACAAAAAUGCAGGAUAUUUAAAAUGGAUAAAGGGUACACAAAUUACUACAUGCGUGUCCACAGGAAGAAGCAAAACAUUCUUCCCCUUAGAAGGAAAAAAAAGAAAGCCCUUCGAGGAGGUGCUCUCACAAAGGAGAUGAAUAAAAGCGCUAUCACAUUGUUUUCAAUCCAUCCAUUCAAGGAAGUAAACGAAUUUGGAGAGUUUUCAACUUCGAUCCAUCCGUAUCCUAUAGGGGGGAGUGCACAAAUCAUCCUUCACACUCAGGAGGCACAGCUGCAGCAGGUACUCCCAUCAGAGGAUACACUCGACAAACCCAACAAGGAUAAGUACCUUGCGUACAUCUCCCAUUCGAUAAAAAAACAAGAGCGAAAAGUUAGGUGUUUCGAGAAAAAUGGAGAUCGGAUGCUCGAUCUGGUGGAACUUGUCCUUUACAACAGAAUGAAGGAAACCUUUUUUUUAAAGGAGAGGAUAUGCGACGGGGAGAGAUAUAAAGACCUGUGCCCCGAUGUCUUUUUCUUCGACAACGAUGAUGACCUGAUCGAAACUAUGGAUCGCAAGUGCAGAUUCCUUCCGAAGGUUCCCGCUAAGGAAAAUCUCACCACCUACCUGGGCCCCUCCCCCUCCCUCAUCUUCGGAGACCACUACUUCACGUACAAAUAUUUUUUCAAACUUGUCAAGGUACACAUAAAGCUUUACAGAUGGCCCAACCCCUACGACGUAGCGAACACUGUACAAAAUAAAAAUUUGAAAAACUUGAAUUGCUCUGAUCUCCUAUACAGUUACAGAAAGGGGAUGGAUUAUCCAUGUGAGACUGACAUACGAAGGGCCACCAAAGUGGACAAGGCGGAGGAGACCAAAAAGAAGAAGAAUUCCUUGUUUUCUUUCUUCCAGUCUAUCCCUACAACAGUAGACAAGGGAGAGAUACAACAAACGGAAUACAUAAGUGUGAAUAGAAUUCCCCCCGAUUUAAUUCAUCUUUUAAAAUACAGAAAUGUCGCGCUGAGAUGA